AUGGCGGACGACUACCCAAGUCUCUUCCGGUCGGAGGAAAUGAGCCUCAUUCAGCUCUACGUCCACACUGAAGUUGCGCACGACACAGUUGCAGAGCUAGCCGCUCUUGGAGACGUUCAGUUCAAAGACGCCUGGCCACGACGACAGUUGAACCCAGAUGUCAACAACUUUCAGCGCAGUUUCGUGGGAGAAGUCAGACGUAUUGAUGAAAUGGCCCGUCGAAUCAGAUUCUUCUCUUCUCAGCUCUCCAAAGCAAACGCAAAUAACCCAAACCAUGCUAUCCCUAUUCGCUCGCUGGACGACACUCCUCCCAUUGCCAUUACUGGUCCAAGGGCACAACAAAUGCGUGACGAUUUGGACACGACUCUGACGGAGCAUGAGAAGCGUCUCGUCGAAAUGAAUGAGAGCUACAGCAAUCUUCGUGAGCGUGAGCGCGAGCUGGUGGAAGCACGUGAAGUCCUUCGAUCCACCAAGGGAUUCUUUGAACGGGCGGCAACUCACACGAGCGAAAUCCGGCAGUCUCUCGAUGACGGUACGCAGCCCUUGCUGGCACACGACGACCGCGACGCACAAGCCUCUAGUGCUGAAGGAACUCAAUUUGAUCUCGAGUUUGUGACGGGCACGAUUAGUCGUGAGCGACUCCCCACCUUUGAGCGCAUCUUAUGGCGCGUGCUCCGCGGAAACCUCUAUAUGAACCACACCGACAUCACGCAGCCUUUCGUCGACCCUAUCACCGGAAAUUCAACGUACAAGAACGUAUUCAUCAUUUUCGCUCACGGCUCUACCCUACUCGCAAAGAUUCGCAAAGUUGCAGAGUCGAUGGGCGGAACGUUGUAUCCGGUCGAUGCCAGCGCAGAGAAACGUAUGGAUGCUCUCAGGGAAGUUGGUGCUCGCUUGGAGGACCUCAGUAACGUCCUCGUUCGAAUGGAGAGCAGCCGAGACCAGGAGCUUCGUGUACUUGGUGAGAAUAUAAAAGGGUGGGAGAGCGUCGUCAAUCGCGAGAAACGAGUAUGGGAGUGCCUUAAUCUCUGGAGCUAUGAUGUGUCCCGCAAGACCCUGAUCGCAGAAGGAUGGGCACCCACAAGGGAUAUCAAUCUCAUUCAAUCGGCUCUUUCUCGUGCACAAGAAGUAUCUGGAGCGUCUCCACCAACUUUCCAUCGCACCAACAAAUUCACCGAGGCGUUCCAGACCAUCAUUGAUUCUUAUGGUAUCGCAAGCUACCAAGAAGUUAAUCCAGCGCUCUUUGCCACUGUCACAUUCCCUUUCCUCUUCGCAGUCAUGUUCGGAGACGUCGGGCAUGCAAUUAUCAUGGCCUCCGCUGCUGCUUUGAUGAUCUUCUACGAGAAGAAGCUGGUGAAAGCAGACGUAGGAGAGAUUAUUGGCACCUUUGUCUAUGGUCGCUACAUUAUCCUUCUCAUGGGGCUUUUCAGCAUCUUCACCGGAUUUAUGUACAAUGACAUAUUCUCCAAAGGGAUGCAUCUUUUCCACACGGGAUGGACCUGGCCUCACGGAGAAGAAGACACGAUGCUCGUCGCCGUUCCGAACGGACACACAUACCCAUUCGGCAUCGAUCCCACUUGGCAUGGGGCGGCGAAUAGCCUGGUAUUCAUCAAUAGCUACAAGAUGAAGAUGAGCAUCAUCUUUGGCGUCAUCCAUAUGACGUUUGCAAUCUGCCUCCAAUUGCCCAACUUUCUCCAUUUUGGUAACACCGUCUCUAUCUGGGCAGAGUUUGUGCCACAAAUACUGUUCCUUCAUAGCAUAUUCGGCUAUUUGGUCAUCAUGAUCAUCGCCAAAUGGUUGACCGACUGGUCUGCGCCCUCCGUGACGACUCAACCACCGAAUCUGCUGAAUAUGCUAAUCUACAUGUUCCUUACGCCGGGGACGAUCAACGAAAAGGAGCAAAUGUAUGCAGGACAGGCCUUUGUCCAGCGAGUUUUGCUCUAUAUCGCGUUCAUCUGUGUUCCGUGGAUGCUUUUGACAAAGCCAUAUAUUCAAUGGAGGGAUCACCAGAAGAAGAUCAACAGCGGAUAUCGCACGGUUGGCCACGGCCAGAAUGGUGAGGCAAGAGACGAAGACGACGAGGUACUCCAAGGAGAAGAAGAGGGAGAGGGACAUGCUGAAGGAGAAGGCGGUGGCGAGGAACACUUUGAAUUAGGCGAAGUUGCCAUCCAUCAGAUUAUUCACACAAUCGAGUUUUGUCUCGGCUGCAUCUCCAACACUGCAUCCUAUCUGCGUCUUUGGGCACUUUCGUUGGCGCACGCUCAACUCUCCGAGGUCAUGUGGAAUAUGACACUCGCCAAAGUGCUCGGAAUGACUGGCUGGCAGGGUGUCGUAGCCCUCAUUUUCACGUUUGGAUUGUGGUUCCAGAUGAGUGUGGGCAUCUUGGUUGUGAUGGAAGGGUUGAGUGCAUUCUUGCACGCAUUGCGACUUCACUGGGUCGAGGCAAACGGCAAGCACUACAUGGCCGGCGGAUAUCCGUUUAUGCCUUUGACGUUUAGUGCCGACAACGUCGCUGAGCAAUGA